AUGCCACCACAUCACUACAUCCAUCCGAAUAACGCAGUAUUAUACUUCAUCGUAGGAUCAGAACAGUCUACAGAUAUUGAAAAUGAAAUGAAACAACAUGGUGAUAUCAUACAAGUGGAUACAACGGAGCAUUACCACAAUAUCACCUACAAGGCAAUAUUUUGGGUGAAAGAGAUUGCGAAUUGUGAACACGGUCCCAAGUUAUUUUUGAAACUCGAUGACGAUGUGCAUAUUGAUAUGAUCGGCUUGCAGUUUUUGAUCAAAAGGUACCGCACCAUUGACGAUUUCAUAGCUUGUAGAGUAAUAUCUAGUGGUCCUGUGGUCCGCAAUGAUAGUUCAAAGUGGUAUUUAUCGAAAGACGAGUACAAGUUUAAUACUUUGGGUACUUAUUGUCAAGGAAUGGUAUACUUUGUUAGUGGGAACCUCUUACCAGUGUUAAACAGGAAUAUUGAGACGUCACAGUUUUUAUGGAUGGAUGACUGGUAUGUCACUAGAUCAUUAGUUGGCGACUAUAAGAUCAGCUACUACUCUUUGGAGCAACAUUCCCUUUCUCCAAAUACCGUAUUAGAACUGAAAGCAAGUCUGCAUGGAAUCAGACAUCGGAAAUGGAGAACCAUAUUUGUUCAUUUUCGUCCCCCACAGAAAUACCCAAUGUACCGUAGAAAACGAAUUUUCGCUAACAUCACCGACGUGAACAACUCCUGCGACAUUCUGAAACAAGCGAGAAUGAACUUUGUGCCGGCAUAUUAA